AUGCCUAUACUUAACAUUCUUAAUGACAAGGACGAUGAAACUACAAUUACCGAAUCAAGGCCACCAUGUCAAAUAUGCCAAAAACAAUUUUCACAGUACGUGUGUCCACGCUGCAAUCUAAAAUACUGCUCACUUGGAUGCUACAAGGAUCUUGGACAUGCCGAUUGUACGGAAUCCUUUUAUCGUGACAGCGUCACUGCAGAGAUCCAAUCUCGAAAUGACACUGAGCAGUCGAAACAAAAGAUGCUCCAAUUACUACAAAGAUUCGAAGAAGAAAACAAGAAUAGUCUUGACGGCGAGGAUGAAGACGAUGAAGAUGAAGAUGAAGAUAAAGACGAUCUUGCUCAGCGACUGGGUGAUCUCAAUAUUGAGACAGCAGACGCUGGUCAGCUGUGGAACAAACUGUCGAGCCAAGAAAGAGACGAUUUCGAAAUGAUGCUAAAACAACUCGAAAAUGAAGACACCGCAUGGAGCAGUCUUGAAUUGAGGCCCUAUGAACCCUGGUGGGAGAUCAAUCAAUCACUCGUCCAAGAGAUCGGUCAGGACAACGUCGCCCAAGAGAACACUAGUACUAAAAGUAAGCAGUCCGGUGCACCAGAAGUACCAAAGGUACCAAGCUAUAGCCGUCUGAUCGGUUCGGACAAAGCUCCAAAUCCGGCAGUCAUGUGGACAAUGCUACACACAGGAAUGACUUACUGUUAUCUGAUGCGUCACUGCAUGGGGGACCUAAAUGAUGGAAAUGUGCUGGACACCCUGGACACAUUGGAACACCUGUCCAGAUCUGUCUUGUUUUCGACUGAUCCUCCUCCAUUUAGCCGUGAGAUGGAUGUCGUGGUUGAUUUGGUCGAACAGAUCCUGUCCCUUGAUUCGAGAGACAGCAAGAAGAACAAAAAAGAUCCCAAGAGACGAUCUCAAUUGAUGGUCCUGUGUCUCAGUGAUGGUCUGAGAUUGUUGGAAGCAAAUCACAUGGUCCGCGCUCUCGGUGGUCUCUGGCAAUUUCUCAAGGAUCUUUCGUCGAUCAAAAGCAUGGAUAAGAUCCAGAAAAGAAGGGUUGCAUUAGCAGUCCGGAAGGUUUACUUUCACAUUGCAGCUACUGACUACAUAAUCACUCGGGAUUCCCAGUCUGGGCGAAUCACACUGCUCAAACAGGCUCUCCUGACAGCCCAGGAGAAGAUCAGAUCUGACGAUCGAGCAUUUGAAAGAGAAUAUAGCGCAGCAAUUGCAGCAAGGCAACACAGCACAGCCACAAAACAAGUCAAGAUUAUUGAACUAUAA